AUGGUGAGGAGGGUGGAACGAGGGAUGGAGGGAAUUGUUGUUGGAGUAAGAGAAGGAGUGAGUAAUGAAGAGAUGUGUCCUCCUUUACUUUUAUCUGAACAUAUUCCUUGACUACCACCUGGUCAAACCCACUGCAUGUCUACUGGGGUAGAGCGGGAGAGGAGUGAGGGGAGGCCAUCUGUAUGUCAUAUUUUCCUCACUACCCCUAUGCUCUCCUUCUCCCCCUCCUCUCCUUCCCCCUCCCCCCCUCCUCUCUUUCCCCUCUCCUCCCUUGCAGAUGCAGAUCAACCUGAAGAGUCAGAUUGUGGUUCUGGAUGAGGCCCACAACAUAGAGGACUGUGCCAGGGAGAGUGCCAGCUUCACCCUGAACAAACCCCAGCUGCUGUCCAACCACGAACCCCUACGAGCCUUCUGCUGCUCCCUGCUCAAGGAAAUAGACCACAACCUCCUGGAGUUAGAUAGUCCCUAA